UCAGUAAGCUGAAUACACAGGUUUCUCUCAGUUCCUCGAGUCUCCAGAAUGAAGAUGAUUCAGGUUUUAGGACUUGUUCUCCUCUCCCUCGGUGUCUCCACGGGUACUGUGUGUUCUGUAAACGGUCGUUGGAAGAAUCAUCUAGGCUCUACUAUGACCAUAUCGCAAGUAUCUAAUGACGGAAGCUUUAACGGAACUUACCUGACUGCCGUGUCAGACGCACCUCGGAAGAUCAUACAAUCCCCCCUUGUGGGUUGGCAACAAUUCUCUCCGCAGCCCACAUUCGGAUUUACUGUGCAAUGGAAAUUUACAAAUACAACAACGGUCUUUACGGGUCAGUGUUUCGUGACCUCAACAGGAGAGAAAGUCCUGCGUACAACAUGGCUACUGAGGUCAAUUGCCAAUACAGAAGCAGACAGCUGGGAGGCAACACUCAAGGCACAAGAGUCGCAGCGCCGAGAUGUUUUCAGGAACUUGUGUAUAGUCACGUUCCAAAAGGAACAUUCUGCUGUCCAGCUGUAUGUACAACGUGAGCAACAAGUAGCAGCCAAGAUGACAAGGACUGCCGUCCGGUAA